CCGAGGGGAGACCGUGGAUUGAUUUCACCGUCGUUCUUCCGACUUCGCUUCACUCUUCGUCUUGUUCGCCGUGUCGUGCAGGCAGACACCACACUCUUUGCUCUCCAGACGAUGCCCCAUCACGCUCCCAAUCCGCGUCUAUUCCAAUUAAUGCGGAGGAAACAUCGGCGGUUUACCGCGGAUGAUCACGACCACGAUCCGGACGGGCCCUUCGUCAUGGCCCCCGCAGGAACCGUCGACCCGACCGACCCGACCUUGCUGGACAGACGCUGGGAGGACCCGGCCACGGUGAUGGCUUCUGUGGUUGACUUGGUGGACCGCGCGUCCGCCGCGGGCACCCUCCCUGCCGGCACCCUUCCUGCUGGCACCCUCCCCACCAGCACCGAUUUCCCGCCCCAAAUUCCGACAGACCUUCCUGAGGAGCCGACGGAUUCGCCGACGUGGCCCACCCCGACGAUCAGUGUUGAUGUCCCGGCGCCUACGCUGUCCGCCUCGGCUUCGUUGUCCCUCGAUUCGACCACUUCCCUCCCUCUCUCCGCGCAGACCUCGCGGCCUCUCGUCAGUUCGACCGUCAGUCCGGCAUCUUCUAGUAUACGACCAUCAAGCCUGAACGCCUCCACCGCUACGCCCGCUACAUCUCUUCCCACGUCGGCCCCCGUGUCCACCACCACCACCACCACCAAUACCGCCUCCCACAACUCAUCCUCCACAUCAUCCACCACCUCCACAUCCACCUCGAGCGACGACACCACGACCACCGCGUACGCGACCGAAACCGAUGUGACCUACUGGGGCGGCGGGGGCACCGGCACCGCGGGGACGGGGUCGGCCCCGUCGUCUACCGCCCCUCCGUCCGCGGACGCCGGGCCCCCUGAUAGCGGCAAGAUCGCGGGGGGCGUCGUCGGCGGUGUGGCGGGGGCCAUGAUGGUGGUGUUCGUACUGCUGAUACUGCUGAAGCGGUGGCGCAAGCUCGGUCUGCGGCCUGCAGACGAGGGCAUGCUAGGGGAAGCGCCGCGGGAGACGAUGCAGACGCGACGGCUGAGUCGGGAGCCGCUGUUCGCAGCAGCGACGCUAGCUCCCACAUUCCUACGACCGUGGCGGGCAUCGCGGCAGUCCACGAUAACAGCGGAGACAACGCUGAGCAGCAGUCCCAGUGAACGGGGCUUCCAAAAGAUCUCCGGCCGAAAGAUCGAGUCCGUCCUACAGUCCGGCGGAGACGGCUACGACGGGCGAUUCGGCCAGCAACAGCCCCCGCAUUCCCCAACUUUAUCAGAACCGAGCAUGGGACUGGGCUCGUCGCCUGUACAGCCAAGGUCACCGAUGUCAGCAGGGUCCAUAUCCCCAUCGAUACCCCCGCCCUCCAUGCCCUUCGGCAUGGCCCUGGACACGAGUUAUACGAGGGAGGCGGAGGAACCGGGGAUAAUGGUGCUGCGGCCGUCCCCGGCGCGGACGAGGGCGCUGUGUCCGCGGGAUGGGGUCGGACGGAGUCAUCCCAGUUUUGAUGGAAGCAAGGGGAGUCGAUUUACGGAGAGUAUUUAGCAGUUAGUUUAUACCCUGUUUUAUUUUAUUUUAUUAUAUAAUGUUCAUACCUUACUACUACUUACCCCGCACUUAUAUCCCUUGUGACACGACCAAUUUAUUUUUAGUACUGGAAAGAAAAAAAGGAUUAAUGAC